AUCACACAUACACUCAUAAUAUAAAGUGAUACGUAUUAUAACUGUGCGCUCUUCAUAGGAUCAAAACAAACAGCACUAUAACCCUAAAAAGUUUACAACAGUAGCCCUAUAUAGAAAGCACCAUGUCACCAAUCUGGAUUUUUGUACUGCUGCCAACCUUGACCUUGGGGGAUGCUCUCAGUGACGCCAAAGCUCUUCAGUCUAGCAUGGACGUCAACAAAGACGGGGAACUGACAGAGGACGAGAUUGCGGCCGCAUUGAUUACGUUCGAUGUCAACACAGACAAGUCUCUCUCCAUGGACGAGCUCAAAAACUUUGCCGAGGCUCACUUGCCAUCUAUCGUCCAGCCCACACUAGUCUGGGGUCAGCACGUGGACACCAACAAGGACGGCAAAAUCUGCCAUACGGAGUUUGACGCGGAGUUUAAGGCCAUCUUUGGGAACAAGAAUGGCGCGUACGCUGCCCUCCUGGAAAGGAUCGAGAAGAUAGGGAAAGCUUGAGGCUAGCUGUGACCUUGCCAAGGUUGCUGAGAAUUAAAAAAAUUACUUUG